GCUGCUGCUGCUGGUGUGGCAUACACGAGCCGAGCUGGCGGUCUCGGAAUCCAGCACUGGAGUUGAUGCACCACAGCCGGCACGAGCGCGCAUCAAAGCGAAAACGGAAAACAUGUCGACGCUGGCCUCCAGCACGGGCGAUGGCUUCAACAUUCGUCACGGUCGCUCCCGGGCACAUAUGCUGUACGGCAGCAGCAUUAACAGCACACGAUUGACUCUGGUCAGCGAUGCUGCAACGUUGCAUGCCGCUGUGCCCUUGGCCAAGCCCACGGCGCCAACGAUGCCGCCCACACAGCAGCCGGACGGCGGCGGGGCGCCAGUCACGCAUAAAAUUCGCAAAUUGCACAAAAAGAAAAUCAACGAGAGCAUACGGAAGAGCGUGGACAAGAGCCUGGGCGUGGUGCGAGCGGUCAAGAAUCAUCGCAGCCUGGCCGAGGCCGAACACCUCCAGGGUCGGCCCACAGAUGUCGAUGAUGCGGAUGAUACAGCGGCGCUCAGCGAGAUUAUGCAAUUGGCAGACGAGAUUGAUUUGGAAAACUCAUUAGAGUCAGCUUACCAGAGUGCCAUUGCCGUUGACUCAAGGACGCCGCUGGCCACCGAGCCGACCACGAACAUUGUUCAGCCAGCCUUGGCCACAUUACGAAGCACAGGUGCUGGGCCGAAGGGCAGUAUCAGUAUCGCAGCAGCAGCAGCAGCAGCUGGCCGGCAAUUUGUGCGUGCCAACAGUGAUGAUGCCAAUUAUGAGGACAGCGCCGAGAACGAUGAGCUGUCAACCACGGAAAUGGCAACAUUUGCGCCUCGUCAACCAGCCGUAAAUGGACCGAAAAGCUGGCAGCUCCAGCAGACUCGAGUCUUGGGCAGAACCCGACUACUGCCAGUCAACCAGAGCAACAGCAGGCCAUUUGCAUCGGCGGCAGUUGGUCUCAAUGUUAAUUCGCCCAUGGGUAGGGGAACGAUGGAUUACCAACUUGAGGUCUCCGAAUCGCGAAACGCUGACAAUGAUGAAAGUGGCGAUGGCGAUGGCGAUGAUGAGGAUGAGGCGAGAGAGGAUGCGACAGUGGCUGCCCCCGACAGUGACAACAGCAGCGCAUACGCCAUUGCCGAGUGGCCAGAAACGGAGACCGAAGUGCGCUCCCAGGCCAUCACCAGUCAACAGGACAGAGAGGGCAUGGUAGUCAAGCAGAUCAACUUCAACUUCGAGUCAGAGUCAGAGUCCGGGUCGGAGUCGGAGGCGGAGGUGGACAGCAUGUCCGUGCUAGAUACUUCAGAGGUAACCAUGGACGACGGCUACCCGCCCGAGGUGCUUAUUGAUGACAAGACUAAGCCACUAGUUAUUGACGAUGUGGAGGGCGAUAGCGUUGAUUCCAAUCAGAUAACGGCCGAUGUAAUAAAUGCGCGCGAUAGCAAAAUUGACUUGGUAUCAAAGUUUUUGCAGUACAUCGAACAGCAGCAUUUGAUGGGCUCCAACUGCGUGGCUGGCACAUCGCUGAAUCUCGGCGAGGGUGUGGUCGACCGCUAUGCACAGGAUCGAUUUCGUGUUGAGGCCGAGGUGGCCGUCAAUCGCGCCAACAUGCUGACCAGAAUCUUCAAGACGACGGCGCAUUCGGUGCAGGAAGAUGUCAACUUGCUGCACGCCUCGGUGCUGUCCAUGGUGGAAUUCGAUGAUGAUAUAUUUGCGGCGGGCAAUUGCUUUGAUUGGAACGAACAUCCAGCGCAGCCGGGCCUCUUCUGUCCGUUUGCCUAUCGACUGCCGCCGCCGAAUCUGGGCGCCAUUCUCGCCAAGGAUCUGGCGAUGGAGUACCAUUACCUGGGCAACACCUCCGAAUGGUUCUUUCUGGCGCGCAAGAACGCCGAGCGAGUGAUAGCACGCAACGAGCAGUACCUGAAAUCAUUUCAUUUGUACUCGAAUCGGACCGAGGAACUCAUCGAGGACGACACGUUGGCCGUAAAGUACGAGGAUGGCAGAUGGUCGAAGCCGUAUUACGACUGCGGCGGCGGCAACAUUUGGAUGCUGACCUACACGGUGCCAUUCUUUGGCUACGAGAAUGGCAGCUAUCACUUCAAGGGCACAUCUGGCAUUGAUAUUGACUUGCGGCGCGUGGACAUCGACCAGUGCCCGCAGCGGCACACGCCGGGCACUAAGCGACCGCUGAACAUUUUCGCCGGCACCGACAAGUGCAAACAGCGCACCACCAUGUGCGAGGCCAUUAUGGGACUGGGCUUUCGGCGCGGCUCCUACAAAUGCCUGUGCCGCAAGGGCUUCUACUUUCCCGAUGUUGUCUCGCUGCACAAGUUCUUUAAUGGCAGCCUGCUGGAGGAGGAGUACGAGAAACUGAUGCUGGGCAAGAACUCCACGUACAACAGCAACAACGAAUACGAGUGCCUGCCCUGUGCCGAGGGCUGCGAUUCGUGCGAAGACGCCUCACCCUGCAUCGCGGCCCUCAACUGGCCCAUGCGCUCCAGCAUUCUGGCGCUGGCCUGCAUUGUCAUCGGUCUGCUGCCGCCGGCCGCCUGGUUCACAUUUCGCUAUCAACAAGUCAAGGUUGUGCGCGCUGCCAGCCCAGCGCUUUUACGGGUCAUCGCACUGGGCGCCUUCUUCAUCUAUUGCACGAACAUUGUGAUGUACCCGAACCCGAAUCUCUACACAUGCACGGCUCGUAUCUGGCUGCGGGAGAUUGGCUUCUCCCUGACCUAUGGUGCUUUGAUGCUGAAAACCUGGCGCAUCUCGGUAAUAUUUCGCGUGCGUUCGGCGAAGGCUGUCAAAAUCACGGACGCGGCACUGCUGAAGCGACUGGGCAUCAUCUGCGGUGCCAUUGGGACGUGCUUGCUUGUGCGCACUCUGGUAUCGCCACCGGACGUUGUGGUGGGACGCACGGCGGACGACCUGAAAGCGUUUCUAUGCAAAACCGACUGGUGGGACUACACAUUCACCUCGAUGGAAGUUUUAUUCUUGGCCUGGGGCGUCCGGCUCUGCAUCAUGGUCAGGAAGGCGCCGUCAGAGUUCAACGAGAGCCGCUUCAUAUCAAUGGCCAUAUACAACGAGUUUCUGCUCACUUGCUUCCUCAAUGUCUCCAUGCUCUUUCUGCAGUCGCCCGCCAAUCCGGAUCUGCUGUACAUCAUAUUCUUUUGUCACACACAGCUGACGGUCACUCUGCUGCUGGCACUCAUCUUUGGCAGCAAGGUAUACAUUGUGCUGCGCAGCGGGAAAUCGCAUCAGGAGAACAUUGGCAUGGGCGCCAAGGCGUCGGGUGCCAAAUUCAAUUUUCGGCCACAGGUGCGCACCUUUGCCCAUCCCAGUUCGGUGACAACGUCCACGGUGCCGGCAGCUGGCACCACUUCGGCAGAGACCAAGCUGUCCGACCAGGAGGCCCUCGAGGAGAUACGCCAGCUGAGCAUGCAACUCCAGCGCAUACAGGAUAUGGCGCCGCCCAAGGGCGUCGCUGUGAUGACCAUAUCGAGUCUGCUGGAUGGUCUGAAGACGCCCGGUGGCAUGAUGAUGGUCGCCGCUGCCGGCACACAUGCAUCCAGCGGCCAUGCUACCGCGACCGCACGCCAGGCAGCGCUGCCGCUGCUGACGCUCAACGCCGAGAUGCAGAAGUACAACCAGCAGCUGCAGCAGAACAACAAUGCCAAUGGCAGGGCAGCGUCAGCGGCGGCGCGUGGCAGCAUACCCACCAUGGUGCUCGAGACGCCACCUUCCUCGGCCACGCCUACGCCCACAACCGCCUACGAGGAGCGAGCGACCAAUACGGAGCUGAGUGGCGAUGAUUUUAGAGAGCAGCUGCUGCGCCGCAGCGCCGACGGGCACAUAAUCUGCAGUCGUUGCCUGGACGCGUCCAAGGAGCACUACUACUGCUGUCCGCCGCGCAACGCGUGCGAGGAGCUCGGCUCGCCGCAGCAGGAGGGCAGCCUCAGCUUUGCCAACAUCAAGCUGGACUGCAUGUGUUCGCAGUCGGAGGAUCUGGACCAGGCGCAGCGACGACGACCCGCUGUGCGCACGGCGGCCACCAAUACGCCGCCUACCAGCUGCAAGCGUGGCCCACGCAACCUGCUCGAGGCCGAGGUCAGCAUUUCGUAUCAAAUUUGUGAUAACUGUAGAAGUAAGUAUAGGCUUAGCGAUAAGCCGGCCCCCGCUGGCCGCAGACGCAGCGGCAGCUGCACUCAGGCCGCGCCACAGCCGUUGUCCAGCCAAACGCGCAGCAGCGAGCUGCUCGAUCGCGCCGAGGUGGAGGUCAGCAUUGCUGUUACCCAGGUGGCGCGCUCCAACGAUGACAUAGCGCUGUACAAGUCGAGCGCACGACCGGCGGGCGGCGCGGAUAGCGAUACUGAGGCCGUGGCACAGCCAACGGCCACAGCCGAGGCAACCAUGUCGCUGGGCAACGUGUCCAAUGCAUCGAACAACUCCACUAGCCAAACGGACAAGACGAGCGGCAGCACCGGCACCGGUCGGCCCAAGCGACCCGACAAGUUGGUGCUCGAUCUGAACGAUCGCUCCAAAUAUACCAAGGAGGUUUCUGUAUAGAGCGAGAGAUAUAUAGGGGG